AGCACCUCCUUGCGCUCCACUUAAAAAGCAGCAAAAAGAGGAGCGAAACAUGAGAGGCGUGCGGAGAUGCGAGUCCUGCACAAGCACUAACCACAGGCAGCAGCGGUACAGGAGGGUGAGACAUCCCAGAGCGGUGCCAAUAACCUCAGCAGCAACAAGUGGCUCCCAGCGCCCUCCAGCCUCACCUGAGCUACUGGCCCUUCCCACGCGUCUCACCUUAACAACUGUGUGGGGCAUCCCAUUUCCCUCGGGAUAGGGGAGUAUUAGAAGUUUCUUUGCUGUUUGUGUGGACUUUGUGGGACGGUGUUUUGCAGCAAUGAACAAGUUCCUGUUGGUGCAGUGGAUGCUACUUUGCGCGAUAGCUCUGCUUAUUAUGCAAAGUGACGCUAAGUUUGGGGAGAAGAGUGAGACUGGCGCAAGGAGAAGAAGGUGCCUCAAUGGCAGCUCCCCGAGGCGUGUAAAAAAGCGACAUAGAAAGUUACAGACUUUGGAUCUGGGGGGAGCUGGAGAGGGGUGCAGGGGUCUUUAUCCCCGACUCUCGUGUUGCCCCAAAACUGACAUCCCUGGAAUGCCAAUGGACAGUAAGAUCUUGUCUGUCGCCAACAACACAGAAUGUGCAAAGCUUGUGGAAGAAAUCCGGUGUGCCCACUGCUCGCCGCAUGCUCAGAAUCUUUUCCAUGCAAGUGAGAGAUCAGAAACAUCAGAAAGGCAACUCUUCCUUCCUGUCCUGUGCAAGGACUAUUGCAAAGAAUUCUACUACACAUGCCGAGGCCAGAUACCAGGCUUACUUCAAACCUCAGCAGAUGAAUUUUGCUUUUACCACGGCAUGAGAGACAGUGGAUUGUGCUUCCCAGACUUUCCAAGGAAGCAGAUGCGCGGGCCAGCGUCAAACUACUUGGAUCAGAUGGAAGAUUAUGACAAAGUGGAAGAGAUCAGCAGGAAACAUAAGCACAAUUGCUACUGUAUUCAGGAGGUUGUGAGAGGCUUAAGACAACCAGUUGGUGCAAUGCAUAGUGGAGAUGGGUCACAACGACUAUUCAUACUGGAGAAGGAAGGCUACAUAAAGAUUCUUACACCUGAAGGAGAUCUGAUAAAGGAACCUUUCUUGGAUGUACAUAAAGUGGUCCAAAGUGGAAUCAAGGGAGGAGAUGAAAGAGGGCUGCUAGGCCUUGCAUUCCAUCCCAAUUAUAAGAAAAAUGGAAAGCUGUAUGUGUCGUACACCACCAACCAAGAGAGAUGGGCCAGCGGACCUCACGACCACAUUCUUCGAGUCGUGGAAUACACAGUAUCUAGGAAAAACCCAAGCCAGGUUGAUAUAAGAACAGAGAGAGUUUUCCUAGAGGUAGCAGAGCUUCACAGAAAGCACCUGGGAGGACAACUCUUGUUUGGUCCAGAUGGCUUCUUGUAUAUUUUCCUUGGAGAUGGAAUGAUAACUAUUGAUGAUAUGGAGGAAAUGGAUGGGUUAAGUGACUUUACAGGCUCAGUACUUCGAGUGGAUGUAGACAUUGAUGGGUGCAGUUCUCUUUAUUCAAUACCAAGAAGUAAUCCUCAUUUCAAUAGUACUAAUCAACCCCCUGAAAUCUUUGCACAUGGUCUUCACAGCCCAGGCAGAUGUACUGUUGAUCAUCACUCAAAAGACAUGAAUCUGACUAUUCUUUGUUCAGAUUCAAGCGCUAAAAACAGAUCAGCUGCAAGAAUUUUACAGAUUGUCAAAGGGAAAGAUUAUGAAAAUGAUCCUCCCCUUUUGGAAUUUAAACCAUUGAGCAGUGGACACAUGGUUGGGGGAUUUGUAUAUAGAGGUUGUCAGUCAGAGAGGCUGUAUGGAAGCUACGUGUUUGGAGAUCGCUAUGGGAAUUUUAUAACACUUCAUCAGAACCCAGUUACAAAGCAUUGGCAGGAGAAACCCCUCUGUCUCGGCAGUGGAUCUUCCUGCAGAGCCCCUUUUACAGGACACAUACUGGGGUUUGGAGAAGACGAAUUAGGUGAAGUUUACAUUUUGUCAAGCAGUAAAAGCAUGACCCAGUCACACAGUGGGAAAAUCUACAAAAUUAUUGAUCCAAAAAGACCAACAGUUCCAGAAGAAUGCAAACGUCCGCUAAUGCCUGCACAGCCACUUGCCUCUGAGUGCUCCCGUCACUGCCGAAAUGGACACUGCACUCCAACAGGGAAAUGCUGCUGCGCUCAAGGAUGGGAAGGAGAGUUCUGCAGAAUUGCAAAAUGUGAACCAGAGUGUCGGCAUGGAGGCGUCUGCGUGAGACCAAACAAGUGUUUAUGUAAAAAAGGAUACUUGGGCCCACAGUGUGAGCAAAUGGAUAGAAACGUCCGGAGAGUGGCCAGGGCAGGCUGAUACCACCUCAUGCCUAUUCUUUCACCCACCAUAGAGGAAAUAUGGCUUUAUCUCCCACCUGCCCCUUGGCCUCAGGCCUUCACCCUCCUGGCUGCACUAACUUGUACCCAGCAAAUAGGAAACGUCACUGAAUUACAAUGUUGAUUUUCCUGUUAUGUAUUUGGGUGAGAUGUAAAUGAUGUUGCUCUAUAACUUAUGGGUCUCCAUUCUUAUUAAAGUCGGUCUCCAUGAUUCCCCGAUUACUUUUCUUUUUAUAAAAAUAAAAGAGAAGCAUAACUGAUUCAGACCCAAAUCUUUGGUCACAAAGGUUAUUCCCCAACUGCUUUUGGGAAGCACACACACGAUUAUUGUACAGAUAAUAGGAAAUACGAGAAAGUGUGGAGUAAAUUGAUUUCUGCUAGUACCGCAGUUCUGUGUAACAUAUUGCCCUUCACAAGUUGUAAUCACAUUUACCAAACAACCAGUAUCUGGUUCCAUUUUCAGACCUGGUCUUUGAGAGUUGGCAAUAUGAAUGCUCCAAAUGAAACUACAGCAUUAUUGCCUAUAGGAUGUUAAGGAGGUUGAUUACUGCUUGAGCUCUGCGCAUUGAUACAUUACUUAAGCAAACCUUUAAUUGGGUAUUUAAUAGGCCUUUAAGAAAUAUUUCAACCAAAAACAAAAGAAUUGUACCCAACAUCCAAGGACACACCUUUAAUAAUAAUAAUGCUAACAGGCUUUAAACUUUAUGUACAUUGACUGUAAUUCCUGUUUUAGAUUUCAUUUAACAACAAUAUGGUGGCUCCAGCUACGAGUCGAGACAAAAUAAUAACAGUGUGUGAGUGCUGGUGAGUGCUGUCGAAUUAGGUGUUGUCUGUCUUUGUUUGAACCCUUUGAACAUGUUAUACAAGAAAAGGGAAUCAUUUUGUUAGUCUGCUGUAACUGUUUACAUGAUUUAGUGAUAGGUCUUCCCGUGUCUGCAAUGAAUCCUAAAUAUUAAUGCCAACAAAUAUACCUUGUAUUUAUUCUGUAUAUGUUCUCACUGUACAGUACCUAUGUAUUGAAUGUAUUACUAACACUACCAUUUUUAGGAAGCCAUUUAUCCAUACAUGGAUAAAUGAUCCAUUGAUUUGCCAUUUUUUUUUUCAUUCACAAAUGUAAUUUAUCUGAGCAGAAUUGUGUAAAAUAAACACAAUCAUACAUUUAUUAAAGUUUCUACCAGUAGAAAAAUUAAGUUAAUAUAAAUUCUAUGCUUAACAAAUAUUCCUGUGUUGGGAAAAUGGAAUUUUCACCAUGUUUCUAUGACUCAAACAAAUAAAGUCUUGUAUUUAUAUUUUCUUAGCAUUUAAUGUGGGUCUGGUACAUUUUUACAAAAACUAUUAUUUUAAGAAUAAAGACUGAACAUGUUGGA